AUGCCGCCUUAUCCAAGAGAAAGAUAUCACCGAUCAGAUCGUUAUAGUAGACAUCGCUUUCGGGGAUAUAAAGAUUAUUUCAACUAUCGCCAUGUCUCUCUACGAAAUGUUGUUGAACGUGCAUUCGCUUUAUUGAAUAAGCUGUAUGCCAUGUCUCGAUAUCGCCCCACUAGGCAAGACAUGAUCGUUACUGCAUGUUGUACACUACACAACAUGAUUAAAAUGGUGAUACCUAAUGAUGAGUUCAUUCAGGAUGUAUUGAAUCAUCGGUCUUUAAUGCAAAAUAUGGAUGCGGAUGCUGAUGCGGGUGAAUCAUCUCAUGCGAUCGGCAUGUCUAGUGAAUUAGCCCAAGCAAUGAGGGAUGCGAUUGCAUUACUGAUGUGGGCACUUCGGAUUGACCAAUGA